CAACGGGCGGGCGGCUACUUCCGGUGCUCUGAGGGCUCUGGGCUGAUGCGGGGUAAUUCCUCUUCUGCAGUCACUUUUGGAUGGAAGUAUGCACUUUUCCCAAUAGAAGAUGGUAAUCUUGGAGAAUGACCAUGGAGAAGGGGAUGAGUUCUGGAGAAGGGCUGCCUUCCAGAUCAUCUCAAGUUCCGGCUGUUAAAACAACAGCGAAAGAGUUGGAAACGAAGCAGUCCCAUAAAGAGAAACGAGGGGGCUUUGUGUUGGUGCAUGCAGGUGCAGGUUAUCAUUCUGAAUCCAAAGCCAAGGAAUAUAAGCAUGUAUGCAAAAGAGCUUGUCAAAAGGCAAUUGAAAAGCUACAGGCUGGUGCUCUUGCGACAGAUGCAGUGACUGCAGCCCUGGUGGAGCUUGAGGUAUUUCUUUUCUCUAUUUAUUUCAUUUAAAGUAGUUGUGAGUUUAUGUC